CUAGUAUCGCGCGUACCGGAAGUGUGUCGGCGGAUGUUUACAGUGCCGGACCGUACGGUGUAAGAGCGGCUGGAUGUUUUGGGAAACGAAUCUCCGAGGGAGUCUUAGCGAGUUAACCCUUCACAGUGCUCGGCUGAGGCAACAAACCAGAGUAAGAAUACUAUAUCGGCGUAACCCGGAGCACACAGCUGAGGCGUAGCCAUGACUACCGGAGCAGAUGUUCGUGAUAUUUUGGAGCUGGGGGGAGGUGAUUCGGAGAGCACUGGAAUCAUCAGUAAAAAAGACAUCAUAAAUGCAGAUAAGAAAAAAUCUAAGAAAUCAUCCGAAACUCUGACUUUUAAAAGACCAGAAGGGAUGCAUCGAGAAGUGUACGCUCUCCUCUACUCAGACAAAAAAGAUGCUCCCCCUCUACUGCCAAGCGACACGACCCAAGGUUACCGCACAGUGAAGGCAAAGCUGGGCUGUAAGAAAGUGCGUCCCUGGAAGUGGAUGCCUUUCACUAACCCUGCUAGAAAGGACGGUGCCAUAUUCUAUCACUGGCGGCGGGCAUCGGAGGAGGGAAAAGAUUAUCCAUUUGCCAGGUUUAACAAGACAGUACAGGUCCCGGUAUAUUCAGAACAGGAGUAUCAAAUGUACUUACAUGACGACGGUUGGACUAAAGCUGAGACAGACCAUCUAUUUGACCUUUGUCGGCGUUUUGACCUUCGCUUCAUUGUCAUCCAUGAUCGGUAUGAUCACCAACAGUUCAAGAAAAGAUCGGCAGAAGAUCUGAAAGACCGUUACUAUAGCAUAUAUGCCAAGCUGGCAAAUAUUCGAGCUACUCCAGGGACUGAUCUUAAAAUACCUGUGUUUGAUGCUGGACACGAGAGGAGGAGGAAGGAGCAGCUGGAGAGAUUAUACAGCAGGACACCUGAACAGGUGUCAGAAGAGGAGUAUCUCAUCCAGGAACUGCGGAAAAUCGAGAGCAGAAAGAAGGAACGGGAAAAGAAAGCCCAGGACCUGCAGAAACUCAUCACCGCGGCCGAUACCACCACGGAGCUCCGCCGAGCAGAACGUAAAGCCACCAAAAAGAAGUUGCCGCAGAAAAAGGAAACGGAGAAACCUGCCGUACCAGAGACCGCUGGGAUACGGUUUCCCGAUUUCAAGUCUGCGGGUGUAACGCUGCGCAGUCAAAGGAUGAAACUGCCGAGCUCAGUUGGACAGAAGAAGAUUAAAGCCCUGGAUCAGAUGCUAACGGAACUGGGAGUAGAUUUGAACCCGAUGCCGACAGAAGAGAUUGUACAGAUGUUUAACGAGCUGAGGAGUGAUCUGGUGCUGUUGUACGAGCUGAAGCAGGCUUUCUCCAACUGCGAAUACGAACUUCAAAUGCUGCGCCAUCGCUUUGAAGCGCUGUCCAAAACCGGUAGCACCGGCACGGCCGCCAGUGUGGACGGGUCUGUGGGCGACAGCCAGACCGUCCUCGGUACGGAAGAGAUUAAAACAGAAGCAAAAGAUCCCAUCAUAGACGUCGUUGGAGCUCCAUUGACGCCUAAUUCGAGGAAACGCAGGGAAUCGGCUUCCAGUUCCUCGUCCGUGAAGAAGAUGAAGAAGCCUUGAGUUUCUCCAGUGUCUGCGAGAUUGUGAGAAAAGUUGGAUCGGCUUCACAGACAAUCCAGUUGUUGGAUUCAAACCAGAAAGGCCUGGGGUUGUUUGUGACAUUCUAGAUGAUGUGUUCUAGAUUUGUGUUUUGUUUCUGGUUUUUUUUUGUUUUUGUUUUUUUUUUAUUAUAUAUAAUUGUGCUUUGACAUUAAGGUUACUGUGAAAAUACAAAAAAAAAACAUUAUUUGUGGUGUGGCUCCUGUGACGGACUGAUGAAUAUCCUACAUACCUACAUACAGAACCAAAGGCCGUUUUGGACUUUCUUCUGAAGGACGCUGUGUUUUUCUACAUAAAACAUCAUAUUGAGGAUCAGAGGAAUAAUAUUCUGAAAUCCAAAAUCAAUCUAGUAAUACGGUUUGUCGUUCUAUGGGCUUCUCGUCGGUAUUGAGCUCCAGUGAGAGCCCCUGAAUAAGCAAUGCCAUCAUCUGUAAAGUGUUUUGUGAUCUCACUGGUUAAAGUGAAAUAUUUUUAUAAAUCAUCUUAACCUA